AUGUCAUCACUUGCAGUGAGAUCAUUGAAAAAUGGUUUGGGUUUGAAAGGCUCAAUCAGAACAUUAUCAUCGACGUCAUCACAAUUGUCCAACUACCAACAACCGGACUUUUCAUCCUAUUUGAACAACAAGAGCCCACAAGCCAGCAGAAAUUUCACCUACUUCAUGGUUGGUUCCAUGGGAUUGUUGUCUGCCGCCGGUGCCAAAUCCACUGUUGAAUCUUUCCUCUCGUCAUUUGCUGCUUCCGCAGAUGUUUUGGCUAUGGCCAAAGUCGAAGUCAAAUUGGGUGCCAUUCCAUUGGGUAAGAACGUUAUUGUAAAAUGGCAAGGUAAACCAGUUUUCAUUAGACACAGAACUCCUGAAGAAAUUGAAGAAGCAAAUGAAGUUGACGUAUCUAAAUUGAGGGACCCACAGAAAGAUUCCGACCGUGUCAAAAAGCCAGAAUGGUUGGUCAUGUUGGGUAUCUGUACACACUUGGGUUGUGUUCCUAUUGGAGAGGCUGGUGAUUUUGGUGGUUGGUUCUGUCCAUGUCAUGGUUCCCACUACGAUAUCUCAGGAAGAAUAAGAAAGGGACCAGCACCAUUGAACUUGGAAGUGCCAGAAUACAAUUUCCCUGAUGACGAUACCUUGACUGUUGGUUAA